CAGAUUAAAACACCACAGUUUUUACUACUAGAGUAUCUUAUUCGAAUAGUCUAGUCUGCAUAUCGCCUAAGGUAAUAGGCCAGGAUAAAUAAGUACAACUCAACUCAAUUCAAUUUAACUAUAUAGGUUAGGACGAAGGCAAUGGUGCAGGCACGGCUCAUAGGAGUAACACCCACUAUUUAUAGUAGAGGCACUAUUUUCCAUGUUCGAAUUAUAGAUAUAGUCUAUAAUUAUAACAUCGCUCCAGCGCUAUUAAAGGGCGAGAGUUCCCUUUCUAGCAAAAAAAAAAAAAAAAAAAAAAAAAAAAAAAAAAAAAAAAAAAAAAAAAAAAAACAAGAACGUUCAUUCUCAAAUCUCUUUACUAUAAAAUUCGACUUAUCUAAUAGUGUAAGUAUGACUAGCAGCAAGCCUUUUAUAUACAAAUAUUAUGUAGCAGUUAUGUGCUCGCAUGAAGGUGUCAGGGGGUAGUAGGGUGUAGCUCUUCCUAGGUAGGAUAAUAAGCCAC